GCGUCGUUUGAAUUUCGGUCACGUUGGUUCAGGGAGAGGUUUAGUCUUUGGUGCAUUGUUGACAAAAACCCCUUCACAUAAAAUUUGUAUCGGCUGGCAACCGUUUGGGUUCAUUGACGCUGUUUUGUGAACUAGUAUUGGAGGAUGCCUCGUCGCGAUCCUGACAGUUCUGCAAACCGGCGCAAGGGUGCAAUACCCAAGCGUCGACCUCCAGCCUCGACCGCGACUGCUUCAACACCAAAGGCACCACGGCUGAGCGGACCAUCAGCCUCUGCAGGUCCAGCUCCCUCCCCGCGAAAAAAGAGAAGGUUUCGCCCUGGCACCCGAGCUCUGAUGGAAAUUCGCAAGUACCAGAAGAGCACUGACUUGCUUUUGCGCAAGGGACCGUUUGCACGCCUGGUUCGGGAAGUGUGCCAGACUUAUAGCAGGGACUUCAUGAGAUGGCAGGUGAACGCUCUUCUGGCAUUGCAGGAGGCUGCAGAGGCUUUCCUCGUUUUACUGUUUUCCGACGCCUGCUUGUGUACCAUACACGCCAAGCGUGUAACGCUGUUCCCCCGUGACAUUCAGCUUGCCCGGCGAAUUCGAGGAGUGGAUGAUCUCUGAGAAUGCUCAGAUGAGCAGUUUGGCUUGGGAUGAGGUCUGUUGUAGCCUCUCUUUUUUUUUUUUUUUUUUUACUCAAGCUCAGCCAAGGUGACCUUGGAUCAUGGACCAUGGGGUGUUGAGGACCUAACAAUGCUAUGUUUUGAUGCAAAGCAUUAGUGGACCUAAUUUGCCCCAAACAUACAUGCAUUAUGUUCAUGCCAGUUAUAACCUCAGUAUAUUCUAUAACAAAAUGCUAACUCAGGCAAAGACUGUUGACCAAUGUUUUGCAUUUAGAAACAUAUUUUUUGGUACAUUGUGAAGGAAAAACACUGUGUUGGGUAUACUGCUUUAGUUCAUCUGUGUUUUGGGCCUCGUGGUACCUAAGCCAAGUUAGUAUACUGGUAAAAUCUGUAAAUAUUAGAUUUUUUGUAAAUAAUUUUUUGAUAAAUUGUUUUCAUGUUGGAUUUAAAUAAAUGUUUUUAUUCGGUACGAAAACAAUUAGAAAUGGCUCACAUUUGUAUACCUCUGUUUCAUAUGUGCAGGGAUAAAAUCAUAGAAUUACAUGUAGUGGACUAUUUUAAUGAAGGGUUAUUGUACCACUACAGAUCCAUUCCUUAGAACCUGGACAUUAGUUUCUUUCAUGUUAACCUGUUAUUUGUCAUGCCCAAUUUUAACAUGUCUCUGUGGCGUUGGUGUGCAUGUGGUUUCAUCCACCGCCUUUUGUCUUCAUCUGAUGGUGUGGUGUUGCCAGAUGCCCCUUUUGGCUCCCCUUUUUUAAUUGGUCCCUUGGGACAGCCUGAUCUACAAGCUUUCCCAGCAGGCAGCCAAUCAUCUUCUCACACCUGCCUUGAACAGCUUCAGAUGGUCCUGUUUACAGGUGUGCUAGGGCAUCACUUGUGACUGCGAAACACACCGGACAACAUUUAGAGAGUUAGAUGUUUAAACGGCGCAGCAGUUGAACGACUACAGACAAGUGGGAACACUGUUUUUGCGUAGCAUCCCUUUAAUGGCGAGGAUUUUUUUGAGUCAAAGAGUAGGUGUUCAUGUAUUCACAUGGACAGAGAAUAGUACUGUUUUAUUCAAGUGCCAUAAUGUACAUUUAAUGUCAUUUUAAAGAGGAUAUUAUUCAUGGUUCCAAAAUAAGUGGAUUCUUUCGGGCCAUCAACACAUCAGGUAAGACAAUUUUAUGCUCUUGAGUCUAGUCAAGCCAAUUCAUUGAAUAGCAAUGGUAAGAGCA